AUGAAUAUAACAAGAUAUGUAAUAUUAACCUUCUUAUUAUAUACAAUAAUUUUAAAUUAUAAAAUAUUUAUUUAUUUAAUUAAUACCAAUUUAUAUGAAUUAAUGGAAAAAAAGAAUUUAUAUAAAAUUUUUGGUUACUAUUUACAUAACUUUUUAGAUUAUGGAUUUAUUUCUAUUUAUAUUACUGUCGGUUUUUUACCAAACAAAAAUGUAUAUAUGAAGCAAAGUAAAUCUAAUUAUAUAUUUGCAAAAAUAUUAUUAGUGUAUUUUUUAUUUUUUUUUUUGCAUUUUACUAUUAAUAUUUUCAAUAAUUUCCCUUUGAAUAUAUUUUAUUUAGUUAUUACAAUUUUUCAUUUAUCUGAGUUUUUUCUAUCAUUUUUGCACAAUAAAGAUAAUCACAAUUUUUAUAAUUUUCUAGUAAAUCCAAAUCGUCUUUAUGUUUAUUUUUUUAUAUGCACAUUAAUUGAAUAUUAUGCUAAGAUAUUUCUAUUUGUAAUACUAUCUAUUUUUGAAAAGAAUAUAAAUAAAAAAUUUCUUCAUAAGGCAUUAUUGUUUAACCUUUUUUUUUUGAAAAAUUAUAUAGAAAAUUAUGGAAAUUGUUCUUAUUCAUAUUUUAAUGCAAUAAAAGUAGAUAAUUUUAAUUUAUCUGAUACAAAAGAAAUGAGUGAAAGAAUAGAAAUUUUUAAAAAUUGCAAAUAUUAUAACAAUCAAAUUAUGGAUAUACAUUUAUCAAAAAGAAAAAUGUUAAAAGAGAAUCAUUUAACAUGUUUGCUUAAUAAUCUAUUCAUAAGAGAUACUUCAGAUAAAAAAAUAUUACUCCAUAAUAAUGAGGAAAUUGAGUAUAAUGAGUUUAAAAGGAAGACAAAUGAAAAUUAUAAGACAACAGAAAAAUACAAAAAUAUAAAAGAUAAUACUGGAAUAUUUACAUAUGGAAAAUGUAUUUUUGGUAACAUUACUUUUAAAAAUAUAAUAGAUAAAUAUAUGGACAAUUUAUUUAUUAAAACAUAUGAUUUAAAUGACUCUUUUUUUCAGAAAAUCAUUUUAAAAUAUAAAGGGAUAUUUUAUAAAUAUGAGUUACCAAAAAUUUCUAAAAAACUAUAUAACUAUUAUUUAUAUGUAAUUUUAUCAUCUUUAGUACUUAGUUUAAUUGGUCUAUUUUUGAGAUUAUUUGGAAUAAUUCAGUGUUCAAGUAAUUUUUCCUUCUAUGUUUUAAGUUCGCAUUCUUUACGAAAAAAAAAUAUGAAAAAAGAACAUCAUUUAGUAAAGAAAGGGUUAUAUAAAUAUAUGAGACACCCAUGUUAUACAGGAUGGUUUUAUUAUUCAUUAUUUUUACAGUUAUUUUUAUUUAAUAUUUUUUGUUUUUUCCUUUCUUUUAUAAUAUCAUGGGCAUUUUUAUAUAGAACCAUAAAAAUUGAAGAAAGGAAUUUAUUAAAGUGCUAUAAUGAAGAAUAUAGGAAGUACAAAGAGGAAACCCCCCAUAUAUAUAUACCAUUCAUAAAUAAUAUUUGA